AUGGACCCAUCCACCGGCUUCGAUCUACCAGCGGGAGACUACCCAGCUAUAGACAUCCAAGCCGGGCUCGGCAUCUCCAUACUCCCCUCCAAACGCCAACCAUACACCCCAGAGCCAUGCGCCUGUCCCCCAUACCCACCCCAACCGCACCUCUACACCCCACCAACCCUGCAACACUACGCCCUCCCAGACAUGACCGACAUGGCCGACCUGAUCCCCUACACAAUGGAACGGGUGCAUUUGCGCGAGCCCCCGGAGCUGGAGAACAACAUGUUCUACACCCCAUUCCGCGCGCGGGGGACUUCUCCUCCUCCUCAUCCUCCUCGUCCUCCACAUCCACCGCCUCCUCGAUACACUACCCGACAUGCGACUCCUUCGACAACAACACUCUGCACCCAGACUACUACCAAGGAGGCGCCUCAGAAUACUUACACACACCAUCUUCCGUAUCAUCCCCCUACUACCCCCCCCGACACCACCACCAGCAGUAACACACCGACAUACCCACCACCCCACCCCAGCCCGACAUCCGCAACAGCAGCCGUGGUGUCCGCAUCUGCAGGCCCACCACCCCCGGCAGCCACGCAAAAGGACCUGACGCACUACGGCAUCCAAACCGCCGACCAGACCUGGCGGUGCGCGUACCCGGGCUGCACGUCGCAGACGCUCUUCCGGCGCGGCUGCGACCUCCGGAAACAUUUCAACCGCCACCGCAAGCACCUGUUCUGUCGGCAUCGGGGGUGUCCGCAGGCCGUGGCCGGCGGGUUCUCGAGUAAGAAGGAUCGGGAUCGCCAUGAGGCGAAGCAUAAUCCGGUCGUGUGUUGUGAGUGGGCUGGGUGUGAGAGGGUGUUUAGUCGCGUGGAUAAUAUGAAGGAUCAUGUUCGGAGGAUUCAUCGCAGGAGGGAAUGA